UUAAAGGCAACCGAAGACAUAAACAUGUCUGAGCCAUGGCUCAUGCUCACAUCCUACCUGGCAAACAUCCCAGAUGUGAACUCUAAAGUGGAACUAAACCACAACAUCUCUAUUGGUGAUCUGAUCGGGCAGGUGGACCUCUCAAAGUUCUAUCGAUACAUGGGAUCUCUGACUACACCUGACUGCAAUCAGGCUGUCGUGUGGACUCUUUUUCAUGAGCCGAUCCAAGUCCACAAAGGUCUGCUUCAACGUUUCCCUAAGGAGACAAAACUCUCAAAUAACUACCGACCUGUGCAACCUCUGAAUGGACGACAUAUUACUGCCUCCCCUGCAACUCCUCUUCCUCCAGGUCAUCUGUGGUGCUAUGAUGACCACUGUGACUUCACCCCUUCUCUUUGGUCUGAGCUGCCUCACUCCCACUGCAGCGGUGAAAACCAGUCACCCAUCGACAUCGACACUCAAAGCGUUUUGGAGGACAAACACCUCAGUUCCUUCAAAUUUACUAAUUUUGACAAUAAGCGUGCCAUAAAGUCAAUCACCAACAAAGGCCACACAGUGGAGUGCAUAUUAGAGCAUGAUUUGGUGGAAGUGUCAGGUGGUGGGCUGGAACACGUCUACUCAACUCUUCAGUUCCACUUCCACUGGGGCACCGAAUCAACCAAUUCUGUGGGUUCAGAGCACACUGUGGAUUCAAAAAGAUACCCAAUGGAGCUACACAUAGUGAACAAGAGGAAGGAUUUAACAUUGGACAAGGCAGUACAGACUCCUGAGGGCCUGGCAGUGCUGGGUUUUUUUAUUGAGCCUCCACAAUCUACCAAGAGUGCCUCCGACUCAGUUCCUGCAGAAACAGCGGCACCCACAUCGAGUCCAGCAUCUAAAAUGGAUGCCUGGAAAAAACUGACCCUUUACCUAUCAGCUAUCAGAAACAUCAGUUCAGAAGUUGAGUUCACAGAUGAGAUCUCUAUCGAUGACUUACUAGGCAACGUGAACCGUAAAUCAUAUUUCCGCUACAGUGGCUCCCUCACCACGCCUAUGUGCAACGAAGCAGUGGUUUGGACAGUCUUUAAAGAAUCGGUCAUGGUGGACCACCACCUGAUGAAGAUGUUCCCGAAAAAUGCAGGAUAUCACAAUGUCUUCCGGCCCAGGCAGUCUCUACAUUCCAGAAAGGUCUACACCACGGCUGCAGCCACUGUCCCAGGACCCACCUUAUUUUACCUGCUGCUGUCAUGUAUUGGUGCCCUCAUCAGUUAAGAUCCACUUUAAAAUCUAGAGUUAAAAAUGUAUAUUAAAACGACUAUUCCUCAACAAUUAUAUGCUUGCAAAACUGAAUGUAACAUUUUAUCAGUGACCAUGAUGUUGUUCUAGUAAUACUAAGUGUUUUUCUUUAUCACUUUAAAAUGCAAUGGAUUUCUACAGCCUAAGUUGGAACAGGAUUUUAAAUCCAUGUUGUAAAAUAAUGUCUGCAUGUCUGCAAUUGAAUUUUAUGAUUUUGUCAUUUGCACAGUAAAUGAAAGUGGAAUUUAAUGUAAAACACAAAUUUAAGACACUGUAAAGUUUUAAGAAGAACCACCCUUUUUGUGAGUCUGUAAUGCAGAUUCUUACUUGUGUAUUAUACAAUUAGUAUUACUAAUAAAUAUUAGUAAAAAUAAAGAUAAAAUGGAUAUAAAA